AAUUUUGUGGUAAUAGUAUAAAUAUAUAGGUAGAAACCAGCAACGUUGUAAUUUCUUCUAUCAUUUUUAAUAGCAGAGUUUCACCUUCAUUAGAACCGUGCACAACAAUCAUGUGGUUUGACAAAGAGUUUUUCCCGGUUUGCGGACUUAAUAACAUGACAGGAGUAAAUAAAACGGAUAUAAUAAUCGAUCCAGCUAUACGCAAUUGGGUUUUUAUACCAAUUGUGAUUAUUUCGUUUGCAGUUGUGGUUCUGCGCUAUUAUUUUGUAUCACUUAUGGUGCCGGUGGAAAAGCCAGAUCUUGCCCAGAUUGUAGAUAACCAUGCUAUGAGGCGUGCCUACCUUUUGAAUAAGAAUGGAAAGUACCUGCCACCAGAUUCGUUUUUUAUGCGAAGGGAUUUCUUUGUUAAUGAAGAAACUGGCUUUUUAACAAAUCGAAUUAAAUCAAAACAAACACUUAAUUUAGAAAUGCCAAUGAUGCGAACCUUUCAAAUUAGAAUAACAGAAUUAUUACCCAUGGUAAUAGUCGGUAAUUUUAUAAGAAAAUUACUUUCAGGAUUUGUUGUUGCUAAGAUACCAUUUCCUGUUACAUGGAAUUUUAAGAAACUCUUGCAACCUGAAAUAUUUGUUAAAGAAAUUGAUAAUUGUUGGAUAUCAUCGCUUGCAUGGUAUAUACUAAAUCUCGCCGGAUUGAAUAGUAUGUGUAGGUUGGUUUAUGGUCAUAAUGCCGAGACUUAUGUGAAUGAUACAGAAAUAGCGAAGAGUCAUAUGACUUUCAAGGAAAUGAAUGCGGAACUAGUUAACAAUGAAUAUAGUAAUUAUUUACUUGAAUCUUAUAAUGAAUUUGAACGCGAAAUUCUGGAAUCAAUGUCCGAGACUACACAAACUGAAGCAGAACAGAAAUAUCUGCGACGUUUUACAGUUACACUCAUUUUCCAGAAUUCGAAAUCGAAGAGCAUAAAAUUUCAAUUGACAUUAUUAAUCGCAAAGAGAUUUUUCCUAAUCGUUUACGAAAUUUAAAAGGUUACCAUCUUAAAUAUGGUGUAGCUGGAUCUGAGCCAAGACUAAUUAUCUAUCGCAAGCCAAGUGGACAAUUAACUAUAGUAGGCUUCGUUGGA